AUGUGCAAACAUAUCCUUAACGCCCAAGUCGCCGUUCGAUCGCCAUGCUGUCGAAAAUGGUUUGACUGCGUCGAGUGUCACAUGGAACAAGAGGACCACCCUCUCAAAGAGAGCUUCGAGAUGAUCUUUGCCUGCAAGAAGUGCAAGAAGUGCUUCCGAAAGGACGUCAAGGAGUUCGAGGAGGCCGAUGAGUUCUGCCCCCACUGUGACAACCACUUCGUUAUCGACGCAAAGACUCCUAAGGCGGCCUUGUCUAUCGAGAGCGACGACGUACGAAUGGACAGCAAAAUGCUCAAGGACGAAAGAGAGAAGCAAAAGACGAAGGGUAUCAGGUCCAUCUUUGACCCGAGCGACGACGCCGACAAGCUGGGAUGA